UUUACAUUCUCUCUACCAUGGCUCCUCAUCCCCUGCAACAACUCUCUUUCACUGAGGCCCAGCUGGCCAAAGACCUCCUACUUGCAUCUCAUGGCAAGAACGAGGUCUUGUUGGUUCGCGAGAUUUUCCUUCACGAGCCCAAGAAGGUGGAGCUGCAGGAGUAUCUCGAGCUUGAACAUUCUGGCCAGCUCACAUCUACAUCCCCACGUCCAGCACGCGAGGCCUUCGUGCAAUACGAUGUGCUUGGCUCCGACAAGCAGCCAUACCACAACGAAGCCGUGAUCAAUCUCGAUACACAAACUCGGACGAGUCACGAAGUCAUUGGCAAAGAUCUACAUGCACCAGUGAAAUUUUCCGAAUUCAAUGCGCUGGUCGAUGCCGUCAAAGAGUCCAAAGAAUUCCAGAAUGCUAUCGGCGAGUUUGAAAUCCCAGAAGGAUUUGAAAUCGUUGUUGAACCAUGGCCAUACGGUGGACCCGAUCUCGAGGAAGAGAACCGCAGAUACUUCCAGGGUUUAAUCUUCGCACAAGACACAAGGAACAAGAAUCCAGACAGCAACUUCUACGCAUGGCCACUCCCUCUGAUUCCAGUCAUGGACGCGGAGACGAAGAAAGUGGUUCGAAUCGACAGACUAGCCACCGGCGGUAAAGGCGACGGUCUUACUGGUAAGACGCACAGCAAGAAGAUCCUUGACCACUGCACAACUGCCGAAUACGUUCCCGAAUUGCUUCCAAAUGGCACGCGCAAGGAUGUGAAGCCUUUGAACGUGCAGCAGCCAGAGGGUCCAUCCUUUACUGUCACUGACGAGUCUCUUGUUGAGUGGCAAAAGUGGAGAUUCCGAGUGAGCUUCAAUCCGCGUGAGGGUGCAGUCAUCCACGAUGUCUGGUACGAUGGCAGAAGCAUGUUCUACCGGCUCUCAGUCAGUGAGAUGACAGUGCCCUACGCUGAUGCUCGACCGCCAUUCCAACGUAAGCAAGCUUUUGACUUCGGCGAUGGAGGUGCAGGAAACUGCGCAAAUAAUUUGGCCCUGGGAUGCGACUGUCUUGGAGUGAUCAAGUACUUUGACUCCGUAUUGCUCACUGGCGACAGCGAGGUCACAAAUAGCCCCAAUGUCGUGUGUUUGCACGAACAAGAUAAUGGUAUCGGAUGGAAGCACACGAACUGGAGAACAGGGCGUGCAGUCGUCACUCGGCGACGCGAGCUGGUUGUUCAGUUCAUCAUUACAUUGGCCAACUACGAAUACAUAUUCGCAUACAAGUUCGACCAAUCAGGCGGCAUCGACAUCGAGACUCGCGCAACGGGUAUCGUGAGCUGCGUCAACAUCGACCCUGGCAAGGUGUCCGACUACGGCAACGUUGUGGCGCCAGGCGUGCUAGCACAAAACCACCAACACAUUUUUGCUUUCCGCAUUGAUCCCGCCAUUGAUGGGCACAGCAACACGGUCGUUCAAGAAGAAUCACUACCAGUCCCUAUGAACCCAGAAACCAACCCACGAGGCAAUUACUAUCAAGUCGUGAAGACUCCGAUCACAAAAUCAUCCUUUGCCAACGCAGAGCCCCGCAAUAAUCGCGUGUUCAAGAUCGUCAACGAAUCGAAAAAGAACCGCAUCUCACAAAAGCCAGUCGGCUUCAAACUGAUCCCGCCAGCUACACAACUCCUUCUCGCCGACCCAAACAGUAUCCAAGCCAAGCGCGCUCUAUUCGCCCAACACCACCUCUGGGUAACGAAAUACAAAGACCACGAACUCUACGCAGGUGGUCGUUACACACUUCAGUCGCAGUCAGAGAUCGGUGGUGUGGCAGAUGCUGUUGCGCGAAAUGAGAACGUGCAGAACGAAGAUGUUGUAGUGUGGUCAGUCUUCGGUCUUACACACAACCCUCGAAUCGAAGAUUGGCCUGUCAUGCCUGUGGAGAUUCAUCAGAUCAAUCUCAGACCUUCGGAUUUCUUUGAGGCGAACCCGAGUAUUGAUGUGCCUAGUAAUAAGAAUAUUGCUUCGCAGCUUGUGACCAACGGACAGAGCAAUGAGACUGCGAGGACGAAUGGUGUAAACGGAACGCAUGGGACAAAUGGCGUCAAUGGUACGCAUGGUACGAAUGGAGUUAACGGGACGAAUGGAUGCUGUGGCGAGCACGAAGUUGCUGUGCGAUAGUUUACCAAAGUGGUCAGGACAUAUGUCGACGUGGCUUUGAUGAGUGAGUCGCAUAGCGAUAUCUUUUCAAGAUUGAACAUGAGGUAUGAAAGACUGUAAAUAUGAUGAAAGUCAAGCGCCAUGAUAGAAACUGUCUCUGAUACUUCUACGGGACCGCUCACCGAAGCACCGGCAUGAAAGCUCAUCGAUGGGUCGGUAUCGAGUACCAGUCCUCUGCCGCUGUAUCCAAUGCUUGCUCACAGAAUAUCUGUGGCAUCGAAUGGAGAUUCAGAUUGUCGCCUUGCCAUCUCUUUCCCCGUCGUCAGUAUUCGCUGGCACUCACUCGGAUCACCUUGCAGAUAUAAGCGAUAACUGAUACUUGUGCCCCAUGGAAGACCAAGAAUGUUGCUCUGGAUGCCGUCGUACAGGUCGCCGAAUGUUAUGCCUGUUGGGUUGAAGAGCGUCCGUAAGCAUGGAUCUCGA